GCGGGAACUCAGCCUUUAAAAGCUGAGGAAGCAGCCUCCGAGCAGGCGGUGGCUCCACUGGAGGCAAGCACACCCGGGUCUCACAUUAAAGAAGCCAAACUGUCUGCUUCAAAGAGAAAAGGCAACAUCCUGUCGCAGGCCAUGCUCUGGCAGAAACCCACAGCUCCAGAGCAAGCCCCGGCCCCACCCCGGCCGUACCAGGGCGUGCGUGUGAAGGAGCCGGUGAAGGAGCUGCUGCGGAGGAAACGGGGCCAUGCCAGCAGUGGGGCAUCGGUGACACCGACGGCGGUGGUGCUGCCCCACCAGCCCCUGGCGACCUACACCACAGUGGGUCCUUCCUGCCUUGACAUGGAGGUCUCUGCCUCCACAGUGACGGAGGAGGGGGCCCUGUGUGCGGGCUGGCUCUCGCAGCCCGCCCCGGCCGCCCUCCAGCCCCUGGCCCCUUGGACGCCCUACACGGAGUACGUGUCCCACGAGGCUGUCAGCUGCCCCUACUCGGCUGACAUGUACGUGCAGCCUGUAUGCCCCAGCUACACGGUCGUGGGGCCCUCCUCGGUGCUGACCUAUGCCUCCCAGCCGCUCAUCACCAACGUCACGACGAGGAGUGCUGCCGCGCCCACCGUGGGGCCCCCGCUGGAGGGGCCCGAGCACCAGGCCCCCCUCACCUACUUCCCGUGGCCUCAGCCGCUGUCCACGCUGCCCACCUCCACCCUGCAGUACCAACCUCCAGCCCCAGCCCUGCCUGGGCCCCAGUUUGUCCAGCUCCCGAUCUCCAUCCCCGAGCCAGUCCUCCCGGACGCCGAGGACCCCAGGAGAGCCAUCGGUUCCCUGACCAUCGACAAGCUGCUUUUGGAGGAAGAAGAUAGCGACACCUACGCGCUCAACCACACGCUGUCCGUGGAAGGCUUUUAGGGCCGGCGCCCACCAGAGCCUCCUGUUCAGCACCCUGUUCCCUGAAACUGGGAUUUAAAAAUGAGCCUGGGAUCAAACCCUCAGAUUCAUUUCUGCUUGAAGUUGCCAUUUCAUAACUACACUUUCUACCGCAAACUAGAAUUGCAAACCAGACUUUCUCCCACCCUCUCUCUCUCCUUCCCUCCCUCCCCGUCUCUCACUCGCCCUUUCUUCUUUCUUUUUCCAUUUCGGUUCCCUUUUGGGAAGGAAUUAGGGAUUUUAAAGAUAAGAUUUGACGCCAGAUGUUGCCUAAUUUCUGUGGCCCAGUGUUUUCACUUGUGUCACAUUCCCUUCCUGGAGAAGGCCCUUUUCUCCAGUGCCCCCUGCUUCACAGUAGCAGCAGCCCCACUGAGCCGUCUGCAGGCAGUGACGUCCCGUGCUUUGCCAUUAUGAGAUGGACGGGGUGCCCUGUGAGAAGACCAGCCCUGCCAGCAUCUCCAAGGGCUGAACCAACGCCGGAGGCCUUGAGUGUCAGUUCCCACAGUUGCUCCUUUGUCUGCUGUUCUCAGCUUUGGCUAGCUCUACAGUCUAGGCAGUAGGGUCUCAAGGCCUGGGGCUCAGUGAGGUGAUGGG